AGAACCUCCAGGAUUAGAAUUUGGGACCAUGAGGUUCUAUGUUGCUGACUCUUCCUCAUUACAAUGGAAAGCUUAGGCUGGAUUUCUGUUGGAAGCACCUGUGAAGGCAGAAACUGCAGGAAGUACUACCCCAAAAGGCUGUGGGGUAGCCCCCCCUCAGUCUACUGAUGGCUGGUAUAUAAACUAGGAAGCCAUCUUCGCAAGCAGCCUGAGCAGUAGCUCAUACCACUUCUUUGCAUCUGCUCCACACCUUGCCUUGCCAUGGACUGUAUGCUCCAACUUCUGACCCUGCUUCAUCCUAGAGAUGUGAAUGAUUACAAGUAGCGCCCCCUCCUCCUGGCAUGUAAAUGUGUAACCACUGAAUGUUUUUUCAGUGGUUACACAAUAAAUAAACACAUUUUAACAUCCCUCCCUAACUCUACUUUUUGCCUGCUGUCUGUAAUGUGGUAUCUGACCCUGACUUCCUGGUAUCUUGACCUAGGACUCGCAUCAACCUGGCUACUCAUCUCCCGGUUGCAGCUCAGUAACUGAUGGAUGUACACAGGCCACCUACAGAUCAGUCCUGACAAAGGGCUAUUGCACUUAAGCAUGAAUAUUGAAGACAAACUUGGAGGAUUAUUUCUUAAAUGUGGUGGCAUAGACCAAAUGCAGUCAUCCAGGGCUAUGGUAGGGAUGGGUGCAAUAUCUGACCAAUCUUCAGUGUCUGGGGAACGGCAAGAGGCAGUGCUUCAAGACCGGACUAUGGCACAUCAAGAAAUUCUUUCAUCAAAUGAAGUCUUACAAGAAAGUGAGCUUCGCCAGCAAGAGAUGAUUUCACAUGAUGAACUCAUGGUCCAUGAGGAGACUGUAAAAAACGAUGAAGAGAUGGAGGCUCAAGAGAGACUUCCUCAAGGAUUACAGUAUGCAGUCAAUGUUCCUAUCAGUGUAAAGCAGGAAAUUACCUUUACUGAUGCAUCUGAACAGAAGAGAGACAAAAAACAAAUACGAGAGCCAGUAGAUUUGCAGAAAAAAAAGAAAAGAAAACAGCGGUCACCAGCAAAGAUCCUUACAAUAAAUGAGGAUGGAUCGCUUGGUCUGAAAACCCCCAAAUCUCAUGUUUGUGAACAUUGCAAUGCUGCCUUUAGAACCAACUACCAUUUACAAAGACACGUCUUCAUUCAUACAGGUGAAAAACCAUUUCAGUGCAGUCAAUGCGACAUGCGUUUCAUACAGAAGUACCUGCUACAGAGACACGAGAAGAUUCAUACUGGUGAAAAACCAUUUCGCUGUGAUGAAUGUGGUAUGAGGUUCAUACAGAAAUAUCAUAUGGAAAGGCACAAGAGAACUCAUAGUGGAGAGAAGCCUUACCAGUGUGAAUAUUGUUUGCAGUACUUUUCCAGGACUGAUCGUGUGCUGAAACAUAAACGCAUGUGCCAUGAGAGCCGUGACAAGAAACCUAAUAGAAGUGCUACCAAAAUUGGCCUUUUGACAUCAGAGGAAGAUCCUGGCUUCUCUACACCCAUGAAAGACAGCUCCUUGCCAAAAAAGAAAAGGCAGAAAACAGAGAAAGCAAAGUCUUUGGACAAGGAAAUUGGAGAUAAAUCAGAACAGAAGAAGGAUAAAAAUGACUUCUUGCCUUUGUAUUCUGCCAGUGCUAAAGUAAAGGAUGAAUAUAUGGUGGCAGAAUAUGCUGUUGAAAUGCCACAUUCUUCUGUCAGCGGGUCACAUUUAGAAGAUGCAAAUUCUGGAGAAAUACAUCCUCCUAAACUGGUUCUCAAAAAAGUUAAUAGUAAGAGAAGUCUAAAACAGCCACUUGAGCAAAGUCAGACCAUUUCACCUUUAUCUACAUAUGAAGAAAACAAGGUUCCAAAGUAUGCCUUUGAUCUUGUGGAUAAACAAGGUUUACUGGACGCUGAUGGUAAUGCUGACAUUGACCAAGUUGAUACUUUACAGGAAGGACCCAGUAAACCUGUACACAGCAGCACUAAUUAUGAUGAUGCAAUGCAGUUUUUAAAGAAAAAGAGGUAUCUGCAAGCGGCUAGUAAUAAUAGUAGAGAAUAUGCCUUGAAUGUAGGUACUAUAGCAUCUCAACCUUCAGUAACACAGGCAGCUGUAGCAAGUGUCAUUGAUGAAAAUACCACAGCAUCCAUAUUAGAUUCACAGGCACUGAAUGUGGAAAUUAAAAGUAACCAUGACAAAAAUGUCAUUCCAGAUGAGGUGCUUCAAACCCUAUUAGAUCAUUAUUCCCACAAAGCUAAUGGACAACAUGAAAUAUCUUUUGGCGUGACGGAUACUGAGGUGACCUCCAGUAUAUCGAUCAAUUCUUCUGAAGUAUCUGAGGUCAACCAGUCUGAAACUGUUGGAACAAGCUCUCAAGCUUCCUCAUCAGAUAAAGCCAGUAUGUUACAAGAAUAUUCAAAGUUUCUACAACAAGCAUUGGACAGAACUAGCCAAAAUGAUGCCUAUUUGAAUAACCCGAGCCUUAAUUUUGUGACUGAUAACCAGACUCUUACAAGCCAGUCAGCAUUCUCUUCCAUAGACAAACAGGUCUAUGCGUCUAUCCCUGUUAAUAGCUUUCGAUCGGGAAUGAGCUCUCCAUUAAGAACAACUCCAGACAAGUCUCAUUUUGGACUAAUGGUUGCUGAUUCCCAGCACUCUUUUCCCUUUUCAGGUGAUGAGGCAAAUCAUUCUUCCUCCUCUUCUACACAGGACUUCUUGGAUCAAGUGACUUCUCAGAAGAAAGCAGAGGCACAGCCUGUCCAUCAGGCUUAUCAAAUGAGCUCCUUUGAGCAGCCCUUCAGAGCUCAAUACCAUGGAGCAAGAGCUGGAAUAUCAUCUCAGUUUAGCACUGCCAAUGGACAGGUGAACCUGCGAGGACCAGGGACAAGUGCUGAAUUCCCAGAAUUUCCCUUGGUGAAUGUAAAUGAUAAUAGGGCUGGGAUGACUGCUUCACCUGAUGCCACAACGGGCCAAACUUUUGGCUAAGAAAAUCUUUGUAAAUAAUAUUGGCACUUUAGAACAGAUCUGCCGAGAGUGGGGUUGCUCUGUAUAAGAUGCAGUGCUGUACAGCUUUUAAGAACAUUGUGUUAUAACAAAAAUAAGCUGAUAUAGCAAGAUCAGUAACUUCAUUUUUUGGUUAGUAACCAAUCAUUGAACUGCUUUACAUGUUGUCUCCCCUAUAAAAGGCAGUUUAUUACUUACUUGUUUGAGACCAGAAACUUGCUAUUUUACAUACACUUAAAUUUGAAGCAAACAAACAAACGAAAACAAGUACCACCCAAGGUAAUGUUUCCUCCCAUAAUAGUUUCCUAUUUAGUUUCAUUGUACGUUCUUGGGAGAACAGUAAUUGUCUGAGAUUAUUCAUGUUGUCAUUUUCUAAGCUUGUCAGUGUAGCCAUUGCUCUUCCGCAGGGAAUCUAAAUAUACUAAACAAAGUAAACUAAAAGUUUAAAUGUCAAGAGAUUAUGGUGAAGCAACAUUGGUGUAUUCUAUGGAGAUACCCUUACUUCCCCCUCUCUUAAAAUGAAGUAUAUGUCGUAUGCCCUUUAUAUUUGCUUUGCAUUACACUGAGCUGUGUUUUCAAGGAAAAAAGUAGUAAUAAAUUCUGAUAGACUAACUCCAUUAUUUAAAAGUCUAAUUAAUUUAAAAUACUUUAAAACUUUUUUAGCAAAAUAUAUGUCUGCUAAUGCAUUUACUUCAGUCUUGAAGUGUGUUGCAUAUUUCUUUGUACAGUUGAACCUGGAUAUAACUUUUUUAUGAUUCUUUCACAUACAGAUAUCAAGAGGUUGAAGUUUUAGUUAAAAUAAUCUGUAGGUUACAUUCCCAAUUGCAGAAAAGCUUACACAAAUGGUGUAUCCCGAGAUUUUAAAGCUUUAAUUGUACUUUGCCCUGAUUAUUCACAAUGAUUAACAAAGAGCACUUAGAUUCUUUUUGAUAUUUUUUGAUUUCUCAAAGAAUAAAAAACUAUUUUAGAUUUUUAGGUUUGUUAUGGCUGCAUCAUUAUCAUUUCAUACAACAUUGAUUAUUAUCUUUUAAUAUAAAAUGAGAUUAGAAUUUCUUCACUUCUGUAAAAACUGGUUUAAUUCUUUCUGUCUAGAACUUUGACAAUUCAGAUAAUUAAACAUACUAAAUCAUCCCAGGAAGCUGAAGAAGUAGGCCUUCUAAUUGAAUAUCUUUUAGUGAAUGAACAAUGUUCAUUACAUUUUACCAAAACUAUUGACUAAUGCUAGUGAACAGAAUUUCUUUCUCCAUACAAAUGAGUGACCCGAAGCUUUUGUUGCAUUUCACAGUAUAAAUAAACUACAAACUUUAUCCCUGUAUCAUGAAUAUGUUUUUUUAAUAGUACUUGGCUUGAUGUAUGCAGAAAGGUACGAUAAAUAGUUUUCUGUGCAUUUUUAAAGGGGUUAGGGUGGAAUAAUAUAAAUAUGCUGUGUAGUUUAAGUUAACUUUAAAAUUUUGAACUCUAGACUCAUUCCUUUGAACCUUUCCCUAGAGGGGACGCUGUCAGGUAGUUUAAGGCAAUUUAAACCUAACAUCACCCAGCAAGUGGGGAUACAGAUAAGGAUGCUUACAUCCUUUUACAGCACUGUUCCUGGCUGAUGUCUCUCAAAUGAAACCAUCAGCUGGGAGAGGAGGUUGAACGUCAUCAUGCUGAAGAACACCCUGCUAGCAGAUUUGAGCAGUGGGAGAGUGCAGCUUAACCUUUCCCAAAAUAGUACCACAUUUUAUUGUUUUAAUGGGACCCUGGUCUCAAUCCCUCCCUCUCUACACCUUGUGUGGUCAUUAUAGUUGUCGUAUAGUAGUUGUAGUGUAGUAAAAUGGGCCUUUCUUGGGCCCAUUUUAGGAAGAAAGUUUAUCUGGAAUCCAUAGACUGCAUCUCAAGGGUAUUAUUUACAUGAGCUUCCUGCAUAUCUCAUUUGUAUACAGUGAGAUCAGUUUCUUGUUGCCCUGUGAUAACCUUAAUUAUUAGGAAUCAUUGGUCCAAUGUGCAGCUGUUUUUGAUACUGCAAGUUCUUAUAUACCCUACUACAGUAGCAGUUAUAGUAACUGGUCUGAAGAUAUGGCCCUGAGUUAAACAGAAAAGUAAACAUCAAGGGAGAAAAGCAAAACCAUUGUAGAAUAUUAGUGACACAUAAGAAAACACCUUUAAAAGAAUUAUUGUUAAUCUCCUGUCCUACUUGCUUAGACAUAGAUGUACGUAUGGCACCUAACUCACAAGAAUAUACAACCUAUCAUGAAGCAGGUACCUCAUUUCCAUUAAAUAUUACCUCAUCACAUCCUCACUUUAACUGCCCCCAUAGUGCUACAUUGGCAACUUCAGUUUAAUGUCCUGCCAUUUCAAAUAUCUGUCUAUUUAUUUACUGCCAUUAUAAGAAAAAUCCCUUGGAGCUAGAUAAUCAAAGCACUUAGUUAAAUACAUGGGAAUAAGAUGAAGUAAGGCCUACUCUGCCCUCACCAGAGUGAUGACAUUGGAUAUGUUGAAGAGGGCAGGAGCUUACUCUCCCAAUACUCUUGUAAGAAAAUGCGGGUGGAGGAACCUUGGCUCUACUCUUUCUAUUCAUUAGCCAGAAUAGUUAGCUUGGGGCAUAGAGGUGAGUAAACUGUUUUACACAAAGGGUGAAAUAACUUGCUUCCUCCUAGAGCAGGGGUGAGGAACCCGCUUGCCUGGGUCUGGCCCGCGAGGCUCAGGGUGCCCUCUCCCCCAGCAUUGUACAAAAUCUACUAGGCAUGGGCCCCCUAGACUCCGAGAGGGGAACGUUGGAGUGUAUUUCACCCUCUCUGUUGGGGGCCACCUCAUUAAGGGUUUGGGGGUGUUUUGCAUCUGUGUGGCCCCCCUACUGAUCUUUCUGUGGGUCAGUGGCCCCUGACCCAAAAAAGGUUCCCCACCUCUACCCUAGAGCAAAGUUGGGUUAUGGAAGGAAGAUAGGCUUUCUGAGUCACAAUUCAUUCUCUGGUUUGCUUCUGGGGCAUUACAGCUGUAUUUGGUGCCUUAGGUUGCUUAGCAUUUUCAUAACUGGUUGUAAAGUUCCCACUCUAUCCAAUGGUAAUUAUUUUGUUGAUCUACUUUAUACAUGUUCCUAGCCUCUAUCUGUCAGAGGGUGGAGAUGGAUGGCAGGAGAGAGAUCGCUUGAUCAUUACCUGUUCAGUUCACUCCCUCUGAGGCACCUGGCAUUGGUCACUUUCAGCAGACAGGAUACUGGGCUGAAUGGACCUUUGGUCUGACCAGUAUGGCCAUUCUUACGUUCUUAUAUAAUUAAAGGCAGUGCUGAUUGAUUGUUAACCCAUGGAAAUGUAGGGCUUUUCUACCUGCAGAAAUUUAAGAGCAGAAUUUUCCCAAUAUGAUUGUGUUGCUACAGUUAUUCCAGGAUUGUUCUGCUGGUAAAUUUAUCUUUUUUUUUUUUAUAAGCCAGUCUUUUUUAACAAGUUUACCAUUUUAAAAAGUAUUUUCUCCUUCAGCAUAUUUUAUUUUUUCCUAUCCUAAUGCACACAAACACGUGAUUUCCCCUUUUGAUCUGGCAGAUGUUUAUUUUCAUCUGUGCCACUAAUGUGUUUGAAUAACUAAAAAUGAAAAUGACGUUUUCUUUGUUAUAUUGUUCAUGUGCCAACAUUAUUUAGUCAGAGUACUUUAGGAAUAGCAUUUACACCCCAGCAAUCCAACUGUAGCUCUUAUUUUAUGACUUGUGAAAGGUGUGGGCACAUGUGCACAUAAGGUGGAUUUUUUUAUGUCUGGUUUUUUUCUGUGACAAGGUAACAAUAAAUUUAAAGAUAUAUAUUUAGGAAAUUGAGGGCAUCUGCCCCCAGACAAUAAUAAUUUUAAAUAGGUAGGAUUUUGGAGCUAAAUUACUUGACAGUAUCCCUGUUAGCAUUAGUCUUUUGUUAGGUUUUAACAUGAUUGCAACUACUAAUGAAGGAAUUGGCUUGCAAUGAUAUAUUAGUAAGCACCUACAUUUUCUUGUACUGGUUUGAAAGUGAGUUAAUGAUAAAUGAUAGAGUUUGCAGAAGAGGAUAGCAUUAUGUACUACUAUACACUUUAUAAACAGUAAUAUGAAGAAUUUAAAUCAGGCUUUCCAAUACAUUUGUUCAUGGUCCUGUAGGUCUCAUAGUGUUGCCUAUGGGAAAAUUAUGAUGCAAGGAGAAAAUACAACAGCCUCUAACAAGCUCAUGUUUGCUUAUCAUUUUCAUAACUUUUUAUAUUGUAGGUUGUCAAUAUUUUUGGAGAAAGGGAGCAGUUCAAUGAUAAAGGGAAAAUACAGUAAAAUCUUUCUAAUUCGCUGAUUGCCUAUCAAAGCACUGCCUAAUACUUACCCACACAAUCUUCUUUCGCCCUACUUUGCAAAGUAUUAAUAGUAAAAAUAAUGUAGUGAGGUCUCACUUUUGUCAGACUGUGUUACUUCAACCAAGCAUACUACGGAACUUUUAUCAGUAUACUCUGAAGUAGUAUAAUGAAAACUAACUACAGUUGUUGCACUAAAUGAACAAACUACAUUUUGUGAUGUGAUAUCCUGGCCUUUGUUUGCUUACUUGCUACUUCUCAAAAUUCAGUCAUUUUGAAUGGUUUUCCAAGUCAUUACUGUGCAUUAAUGAGGUUCUGCUGUAGCUUUUUCCAAAACAUUUGUUUUUCCCUCUGAAAAAUCAGAAUAUAUAUUGUUCAGAAUACUAAGUUUGCAUCAUGUGCAGCAAAAAUUUGAAAAUUACCCUAGUAGUUGGAUUAAUCUGAUCUGAUUUUUGCAGUAUUGGAUUAUUCUGUAUAUAACUUUGCAAACUGAAUUUUCUUGUUAGUUUUUUUUAAAUUAACUUAAUUACAAAUUGCAGGGAAAAUCCUAAUAUUCCUGGGAAUACAUUUGGAAACUCUAGCAGGAAGAAAUAUAUCUGUGCUAUGGAUACUUUAGUUGUUAGUAAUACACAUGUGAACUUUCAAAUUAUAUGGUUAGUACUAAGGCAUAAUAAUGAUUUUAUGCUUUAUUAGUGUUAAAAGUUCUUCUAGAUGGGAAGCCUUGUAAUUUUGAAAGUUCAUUCAUUUUAUGUUGGUGCAUGUUUAUGUUAAGCAUGUAACAUUAAACUAGAAUUCACUUUUGCAACAAAUAUGUACUAAGAAAGUAUUACUGAAUGAAAAACAUCUUUGAGUUUAAAUUUGAACUUUUGUUCAGUUUUAAAUUGCUUUAUGUCAGGGAAAUAAAUUUUAUAGUUGCAUUUGCUAUACUCUGAAUAUAAAAACCUUUUGUUUCCUUUUUAAAACAAUUUUUUUUUUUAGGAUACACAAAUUGAGGCAAGCAAACAUUUCUAAGAGUUGUUUCUUGCUUUCUUUAAUCCAAUGGAUGGAGAGGUAAAAUUGUGUAAACAUUAUUUUAUUUUUUUAUGCAAUAUCUUGCUGUAAAUAUGAUUUAUCAAAUAAGGAUGUAUGUAUGAUUGAAUCUCUGAUUCUGCACAGUUAGAGUUUAUCUAUAAAUAUAAAUGUGUCUUGACAAUCAAGGACUUACGUCAGUCUUCCUUUAUGAUGUUUAUUAUUGUUAUGCAUUCCAUUUGUUUGACUUGAGUACCAAUGUGGAAAUCUGUAUUGUCUGUAAAGUAUGUAAUGUUUUUAUAGCUUGUUUUAAAAAAAUCACAAAAAAAUGCUGUAAAUAUAUACAAACUGAUCACAGUACUGCUUUAUGUUAGAAGGCAUAUAAUGUUGUACUGUAUGUAAGCAAUAAUACAUGACAGUGCUAACUUUACAAGUAGCAUAAGGAUAGUUCCAAAAAUAGUUUUGGAGUUAAUAGCCUUGUUUGAGUUAAUCAAUAUUCUUAAUCAUUUUUAUAAAUAAAUUCAACUGUCCUCCUGUCGCAGUAUAUAACAUUGUUUACACAGCACAAUUUCAGUCACAGAGGAGACAGUCUUUAGAUUUAUGACUUCAUCUAUAUAUGCUUUAAGUAAGAAAUGAAUGGCUUUACUGCACUUCUGCAAGAUAUGAGAGACUGGAAAAGUUUAGUUUAAAAAGAAGAGAGCUGCUUUUCUGCUUCUGUGCUGAUUCCUGACAAUUCUUGUACUUUAAUUCUGAGUCCUUAAGUCCUGAUACUGACCUGAUGUGACUUUGGGUUCCAAUAUAAAGGAAUAGUUUUCUUCAUAAUUAAUAUGCAGUUAAUUAGUGCAAGUUGUAUGUUCAUUUUACAUGCUUAUUUUUUAAGUCUGAGCUAUCCUCAACUGAUGAGAUGGGUUUAUUCAGAUAUUAAGGUGUCAUAAAUUCAAACUGAAUAGGUAUUGGGUUGCAGAAUGUGGCAUAGCUAUUUGAACACGGUCAUCACUGCUUUAAAAAAAAUCACAGAUUUAUAAAUGUAAAUGACCUACAUUUUAUAAGAGAAAUGUUUUUAAAUGCUAGUCAGUUAUAUAAUAUGUGUUUUGAAGGAUUUGCUAGUCCACUUCUGUCACUUUUAGUACACUGGUAUCUUUUAUAUGUAAUGUAUGCUUUUUAUUAUUGUAGCAAAACGUUUCAGUAGAAGGAAUUUUGCAACAGUAUGCGGGGAAAUUUUCAUUGUCAGAAUUGAAUUUUACUGGAUUUUGUCUGUUUACUCUUGUCUUUAUUUUAAUGUGGUCUGGAAGGGAAUUUCGUAUCCAAAUAAAGCAGGUGACAUCC